UGCCGAUGUUUACCCGCGAUAUUAAUGUGGAUGGUUUCGGCGCGCUGAACAUUCACUAUGUUCACAAGAAGAGCAAAACUGUUGACGCCAUUCCGCUGUUGUUUUGCCAUGGAUGGCCUGGAAGUUUCUUAGAAAUCAGGCCAGUGUUGUCCCUCUUGACUGCGUCGUCCCCGGAGCAUCCUAGCUUCCAUGUCGUAGCGCUUAGCUUGCCCGGUUUUGGCUUUUCUGAGGGUGCACACAAACCAGGCUUUGGUCUUGAUCAAUAUGCUGAGGUAACUCACAAACUCAUGAUCGCUCUCGGGUACAACGAGUAUGUGACCCAAGGAGGCGACUGGGGUUUUCUCAUCACUCGGAGAAUGGCCGCCAAGUAUGGUGGAAAACAUUGCAAGGCGUGGCACACCAACUUUCCAAUGGCCGAUCCACCGACCUGGAAAUCUCCCCUGUCUUUCUUGUCGUACUUGCUAACCCCCUUUUCUGCGGAAGAAAAGGCAGGACUUGAGCGCACCGCGUGGUAUCGCAACAAAUCAUCCGGCUACUUUGUUGAGCAGAGCACCUUCCCGCAGACGCUCGCCUACGGUUUACUGAUAGCCCCGUUGCUCUGCUUGGUUGGUUUUACGAAAAAACUGGUCAUCUGGACCGAUGACUACAAGUGGACUGAUGACGAAGCUCUGACGUGGAUCUCCAUAUACUGGUUCUCCCGUGCUGGGCCCGGCGCUGCCCAUCGCAUUUUACUCCUGAGGUGUCGUACUAGUUACCCUACUAUUCCUAUGGGAGCUUCGUAUUCCCACAAGAGCUCCUUCUUUUACCCUCAGCAUCGUAGGUGGCUGCGCAGUUCCCAUCACAAGUCAGGAGGCCAUUUCGCUGCCUAUGAACGGCCGAAAAGAGCUUGUUGA